AUGCCUAAGAACAGCAAAGUCGUGAAAAGAGAACUAGAUGAUGAGGUCAUUGAGUCAGUCAAGGACCUUCUCUCUAAUGAAGACUCUUCAGAUGAUGCCUUUAAGAAAAGCGAGCUUAUGGUUGAUGAUCAGGAAGAAAAAGAUGUAGAUGUUGAAGAAGGCUCAGAUGUAGAAGAUGAAAGACCUGCUUGGAACAGCAAACUCCAAUAUAUUCUGGCACAAGUUGGAUUUUCUGUGGGUUUGGGCAAUGUGUGGCGAUUUCCCUAUCUGUGUCAGAAAAAUGGUGGAGGUGCCUAUCUUGUGCCAUACUUAGUCUUGCUACUGAUAGUAGGGAUUCCACUCUUUUUCUUGGAGCUUGCUGUGGGGCAAAGGAUCCGCCGAGGGAGUAUUGGCGUGUGGAAUUAUAUCAGUCCCAAACUUGGAGGAAUUGGAUUUGCAAGCUGUGUAGUGUGUUUCUUUGUGGCCCUGUACUACAAUGUUAUUAUUGGAUGGAGUCUGUUUUACUUUUCUCAGUCUUUUCAGCAUCCAUUACCAUGGGACCAGUGUCCUCUAGUUAAAAAUGCAUCUCAUACCUUUGUGGAGCCAGAGUGUGAAAAAAGUUCUGCAACUACUUAUUACUGGUACAGAGAAGCACUGAAUAUUUCCAGCUCUCUGUCAGAGAGUGGUGGGUUAAAUUGGAAGAUGACUAUCUGCUUGCUGGCUGCCUGGGUCAUGGUAUGCCUAGCCAUGAUCAAAGGCAUUCAGUCUUCAGGCAAAAUCAUGUAUUUUAGUUCCCUUUUUCCUUAUGUGGUGCUUUUGUGCUUUCUGAUCAGAGGACUGCUCCUUAACGGGUCAGUGGAUGGAAUUCGACACAUGUUCACACCUAAGCUUGAAAUAAUGCUGGAGCCCAAGGUCUGGAGAGAAGCUGCUACUCAGGUGUUCUUUGCCUUAGGGCUUGGAUUUGGUGGAGUCAUUGCCUUUUCAAGCUACAACAAGAGAGACAACAACUGCCAUUUUGAUGCUGUACUGGUGUCCUUCAUCAAUUUUUUCACUUCUGUGCUGGCAACUUUGGUGGUGUUUGCAGUUCUGGGCUUCAAAGCCAAUAUCAUAAAUGAAAAAUGUGUUACCCAAAAUUCAGAGAAGAUUUUAAAGCUUCUGAAAAUAGGCAAUCUGAGCCAGGAUAUGAUCCCACAUCAUAUCAAUUUUUCAAGCAUUACAGCAGAAGAUUACAAUUUAGUUUAUGACAUUAUUCAGAAAGUUAAAGAAGAAGAGUUUGAUUCUCUCGGUCUGAAAUCUUGUCAAAUUGAAGAUGAACUUAACAAGGCAGUUCAAGGAACUGGUUUAGCUUUUAUUGCCUUUACAGAAGCAAUGACCCACUUUCCUGCUUCUCCCUUCUGGUCAGUAAUGUUCUUCCUCAUGUUGGUAAAUUUGGGACUUGGAAGCAUGUUUGGAACCAUUGAAGGCAUCAUCACACCCAUUGUUGAUACCUUCAAAGUCAGGAAAGAAGUUCUUACUGUCAUCUGCUGCUUGGUAGCAUUUUUUAUUGGCCUGAUCUUUGUGCAGCGCUCUGGAAAUUAUUUUGUGACGAUGUUUGAUGACUACUCAGCUACUCUGCCCUUGCUUAUUGUGGUCAUUUUGGAGAACAUUGCAGUCACCCGAAUUUAUGGAAUAGACAAAUUUAUGGAGGAUCUGAAGGAUAUGCUUGGAUUUUCUCCAAGUCAGUAUUAUUACUACAUGUGGAAGUAUGCUUCACCUUUAGUAUUGUUAUGUUUGCUGGUAGCUAGCAUUGUCCAAAUGGGAUUAAGUCCUCCUGGCUACAAUGCUUGGAUUGAAGAUACGGCUACAGAAGAGUUCCACAGCUAUCCAACAUGGGGAAUGAUUGUCUGUAUAUCUCUGAUGGUGUUGGCCAUACUGCCAGUCCCAAUAGUCUUCAUGGUGCGCCGUUGCAACCUUAUCGAUGACAGCUCCGGUAGUUUGGCAUCUGUAUCCUACAAAAGAGGCCGGAUAAUAAAGGAACCUGUUAAUCUGGAGGGAGAUAACACAAGUCUGAUUCACGGGAAGAGUCCAAGUGAAGUGCCAUCUCCUAAUUUUGGCAAAAACAUAUAUCGAAAACAGACGGGAUCACCAACUCUGGACACUGCUCCAAACGGACGCUAUGGUAUUGGGUACCUGAUGGCAGAUAUGCCCGAUAUGCCGGAGUCUGAUUUGUAA